AUGGAUGCAAUACAAAAAAAUAAUACUCUCAAUGUUGCUAUGCAAGAUAGCUUUUUCAAAGCUACUGGUAUAGGAAGUUGGUCAUGCAAUCUUCUGAAAACCGUCUAUUUCAUUGAUGCUGAGGAUCUUCAAUUGAGUAGGUCCGAAUUUAUUGAUACCGUACGUAAGAUGUGAGUAUUAACCUUAUUAGAGCAUGGCAUAUCAUGAAUAAAUAACAAUAAUUUUACACAAUAGAAACAAGAAUCCAGAAAACUAGCGAGCUACUAUUACAAGAGCCUCAUAAGAUUUGAUGAACUACAGAAGCGCAUAGCAAUGUUCUAUGAAGACACAGAGUAA